UCAAAGGCAAUUGGGAUAGUUUGCUUAAAAAAUGGAGGUUUAUCAAGAGAAUUUCAAAGAUAAUUACAACUUCACUGGAGGAGACAUAUCCUUCCAUCAACAAUAUGACUACAGUGCAGCCUACAAAGAUGAUUUCUAUGAUGAGGAAUUUGGCUAUGAGGAAGGGGAAUGUGGCUCAUCCUACGAGAAUUAUGAAGAGCCAAAACAGGAACCACCAGAGCAUAACCAUAUAAGAGAUCGUGACAGAGAGAGGGACAGAUCCCGCAGAAGACACCGGGAUCGACACAGAGAUCGUAGACACGAUCAUGACUAUGAUAAAGAGAGGAGUAGGAACCGUGACAGGGAUAGAGAUAGAGAUCGCAUGAGGGAUAGCGACUACGACAGGAGGAGAGAUCGUGACCGACGAGAUAGAGACAGGGAUAGGAGUUCACACAGAAGUGGUAGCGAACACGAAGACAGAUUUGAUGAUAAUGCUGAUAAGGAUAUGUCUAUUGAUAGAAGAGAUGGUUAUGAUAAACGAGAGUCUAGAGACAGAGGUGACCGGGCAGACAGAGAAGAUCGGGGUGGUGAGAAGUGGAUGACGGACACGCCUACAAACACUAUUCUACUGAGAGGACUGCCAAUUAUUAUAGAGGAGAAAGAUAUCCGAGCUGAAUUGAUGCUAUUUGGUCUUCCAAUAAAAGAUGUGCGGCUCAUGAGGAAAAGUACAGGUGCAUCCCGCGGGUUUGCUUUUGUGGAGUUUCAGAGUAUAGGAGACGCACAACGCUGGAUGGACCAGAAUCAGGGCCAGCUGACUCUACAAAACCAGUAUAAUGCCACCAUGCACUACAGCACACCCAAAGCUGGGCCUGAGAAGGGACCCAUACACAAGACUGACUGGACAUGUAGCAAGUGCGGCGUCCAUAAUUUCAAGAGAAGGGACCACUGUUUCAAGUGCAAUCUUUCACGUGAAGAGUCAGACAGAAAACAAGAAGGAGAUGGUUUUGACCAAGUUGGCACAAAUCCUUGCAAUACUCUUGUGCUGCGUGGACUUGAUGCUCUAACAACUGAGGAUAACCUUAUCCAGGCUCUGGGCCAGAUCACAUCAUCAGUAAUGAAGAAUUGUCAGGUACUCCGCGAUGAACUGACAAACACAUCCAGGGGUUAUGGUUUCCUAGAACUGGCAUCUGUAAUGGAAUCACAACAACUUCUUGACACCCUCACACAGCUGCACCCUCCGUUUGAAGUUGAUGGAAAACAGAUCCUUGUUAGUUUUGCUAAGAACACAUUUUCUACUGUAAUGGCAACAUUGAAGGCAAACAAUCCAGCAGAUCAGUCAAGCUGGGAAUACAGUCAACAGCCAUCAGGAGGACAACAGCCAGCUGCAGCUGCAGGGACCCCUUCAACUGGAUUCUACGAUAGUCAGUACUAUGAUGCAACCGCAUAUGCCCAGUACUAUGGAGAGGGCUAUGACUACUCUCAAUACUACGGUCAAGGGUACUCGCAGGAGCAAGCCAAUUCCUCAACAGCCUCCACUAGUACUAACCCUACACAGACAGACACCACAAAUGCUGCAGCUGCUGUAGCACAGGCUGCUAUCCAGCAACGCAAUGCUGUCAAACAAUAUCAGAAACAGGUACGCGAGCAGCAGAAACUUGCCGAUAUGACACCAGAGGAGAGGUUAGCAUGUCGGGCUGAAGAGUGGUCAAAAAAGAAGCCUGGAAAACCUGGACAGGCCCAGCAAACAACAGCCCCAGUCGCUCAAACACCACCUGCUCCUCAAGCUCAGUCCGAGUUCACAGUGUACCCAGCCCCUGAUGUGUCAACAUAUUCCUAUGAUGAGUCAUCAGGCUACUACUACGAUUCGGUCACCGGCCUUUACUAUGACGCAAAUUCUCAGUACUUCUACAACUCCCAGACUUCACAGUUUCUGUAUUGGGAUGCAGAAAAAUCUACUUACCUCCCAGCCCCUACAGGGGAUGACAGCUUAUCAAAGGAGGAAGGUACAGAGAAGGGAGGAAAGAAAGAUAAGGAGAAGAAGGAGAAAGUCAAGAUAGCGAAGAGAAUUGCUAAGGAUAUGGAAAAAUGGGCAAAGACAUUAAAUGCUCAAAAAGAGGCUAUCAAGGGCUUCACUACCAAGGCAUCCAUGGGGAACUCUAGAUUUGAAAAAGAAUCUGCUACAGCUGAUGCUGGAUUUGCCAUUUUGGAGAAAAGUGCAAAGGGAAGUCUGGAGGACAAGAAGAUGAUGCCUCCACCGCCGGCUGAUAAAGCAAAUGUUGGUCCAGCACCUGGUGCCAUACUCGUGGCAUCCUAUGGUGGAGACAGUGACUCUGAUGAGGAAGACUCCUCAACAGUAGGAGGGAGUGGUCCAGUGGAUGAGAGCAAGCUGACUGACUGGUCAAAGCUGGCUUGUCUUUUGUGUAAACGACAAUUCCAGACCCGAGAGAUUCUUGUAAAACACCAACAAAUGUCCGACUUGCACAAGCAAAACCUUGAGGCUUUACAUAGUAAAGCAAAAAGUCAGAAUGCAGGUGCUUCAGAACAAGAAAAAUUACAGUACCGAGAUAGAGCCAAAGAGAGACGUCAGAAGUAUGGAAUUCCUCCUCCACCUGAACCCAGGAUGAAACGACCAGAUAUACCCAUCAUACCAGAACAAGCUAACAAAGCCGGGAUAAGUCAGGAUAAUAUUGGCAACAAACUCCUUCAGAAGAUGGGCUGGUCAUCUGGUCAGGGUCUGGGCAAGAAAGGACAAGGCAUCGUCAACCCUAUAGAGGCUAAACGUCGCAUGCAUACAGCUGGUUUGGGGAUGAGAGGGGCUACCUAUGGAGCCAAUGCUUCAGACACAUACAAAGAUGCUGUGAAAAAGACCAUGUUUGCCCGUUACCAGGAAACUGAAUGAUGAUGUGUCCAGGUAGACUGUGGACUAUAUUUAUGACAACACCCAGAUGCAUUAGCCAGGAUACUCAAGGUUGCUGCCAAAUUUAACCAGAAACAUGCUACUUAUACACCAAACCAGUCACAUUGUGUUUGGAUGAGCUCAGGGACUGAGCUUUGAAAAUAUAAUCCACACAUGCAGGGAUUGGUAGCAUUUAUUGGACAUUGGAAAGCAUAUAUCCUCGAGAUAUUCUGUACAGCACCAACCAGUGCUGAAAUGGGCGGAAACCAGUAGCUGGUGAACUACAUAUGGCAGCGAGUGCAGAUUCUGUGCUGAAUAGGGCCCACCUUAUAGGCAGAUAUGAAUCAUCCCAGACAGUGGCAAACUGAUCACUGCACCCUUUGGUAGCCAAGAUCUAUGGUCAAGACUUCUGGAUGGUAAUCAGGAUUACUGUAAGGGAUUACAGAGACUGACCACACAUGCUCAAAACAAUUCUUGGAUUGUGACCAUGGUCUUUUUUUGCACACUAGCCAAUCAUGAUAGUGAUCUCGUAUUUGUAUUGUGUCCAGUAUGUGUGGAAAGAAUGUGAUGUUAGAAUGUAAUGGUAUCUUCAUACAUGUGUGUUGAAUCUUGGAUGAUCUAUGCAGUUAAAUAGACUUAGUAUCUGGUAUGUUUGACUAGUCAUAUUUAACUACUUCAAGCUUUAAAAAACACUGCAUAGUAUACACAACUGUUGAGCAUGGUGAACAUUUUAAUGUGAAAACUAAGGCUUCAUGGUGGAAAUAAUACUAGUGUCAAAUCCAGCCAUGAGUGUCUUUUCUUUGAUGUGCACAAAAUUUUGGUCUUUACCUCAGCGUGAUUUUCACAGACCUAUGUGACUUCCUGGUGAUUUUCACACACCUGUGUAUUACACGAGUGAUUUUCACAGACCAUGUGACUUCCUGGUGAUUUUCACACACCUGUGUAUUACCUGAGUGAUUUUCACAGCCCUGUGUAUUACCCGAGUUAUUUUCACAGACCAUGUGACUUCCUGGUGAUUUUCACAGACCUGUGUAUUACCCGAGUUAUUUUCACAGACCAUGUGACUUCCAGCCAGUGAGAAAGGUUUUCAUUGUGAAGAUUUGUUACCUGUGAUAUUAAUUGUUAGACAAUGAGGAUACGGACAUGACUGUUUUAAAUCAUGUGGUUGAUGAUGGAGAAAUCUCCCCAAUAGAAAUAAUAAAAACUGCUGAAUAAAUAA